UAUAAGUGAGGGUGAGGCCGAGGCCACAUAUAUGAUUAUGAAUAUGAAGCAAUGCUUUACACAUGCCAGAAAUACAAGUGCGUGGCAGUUAUAACAGAAAUGAAAUUGAAAAUCAGUGAUCGAAAACACACACACACGCACGCACGCACUCCACUUCAAAAAUGCUCGUCACCAACAAAUUCAAUCACAGAUCUCCAACAUUUUAGGAGGUGUUCAGUUUCCAUUAGAAAAUUGAAGGGGGGUGGAGGUGGGCUAGCUUCGAUUGAAAUGGGUGAAUACAAUGGUGCUGAUUAUAUUGGCAUCAAUGAAGCUCCUUCUCCUAGAGCACAUCACGGCAAGAAAGUCUCAUUGUUGCCCCUUGUUUUCCUCAUUUUCUAUGAGGUCUCAGGCGGGCCGUUUGGCGUGGAGGAUAGUGUGAGGGCAGCCGGUCCGCUCAUCGCUCUCGCGGGGUUUUUGAUAUUCCCAUUCAUUUGGAGUGUUCCAGAAGCCCUGAUAACUGCUGAGAUGGGCACAAUGUUUCCUGAAAAUGGUGGAUAUGUGGUUUGGGUGUCGUCUGCUCUGGGGCCGUUUUGGGGGUUUCAGCAAGGGUGGAUGAAAUGGCUGAGUGGGGUGAUCGACAAUGCCCUAUAUCCUGUGCUGUUUCUUGAUUAUCUGAAAUCCGGGAUCCCUGCUUUAGCCGGGGGUCUGCCUAGGGUUGUAGCGGUGUUAGCAUUGACGAUUGCCUUGACUUACAUGAACUAUAGGGGUUUAACCAUUGUGGGUUGGGUUGCUGUAGUGCUCGGGGUGUUCUCCAUUCUCCCGUUCGUGGUGAUGGGGUUUAUCUCAAUCCCGGAGCUGAAGCCUGAGAGAUGGUUAGUCGUGGAUCUUCACAAUGUGAACUGGAAUUUGUAUCUCAACACCCUCUUUUGGAAUUUGAAUUAUUGGGACUCAAUUAGUACUCUUGCCGGGGAAGUAGAUAACCCGAAGAAAACUCUGCCAAAAGCUCUGUUUUAUGCUUUAAUCCUUGUUGUUCUUGGAUAUUUCUUCCCUCUGUUGAUUGGCACUGGAGCUGUCCCUCUGCAACGCGACGUGUGGGCCGAUGGUUACUUCUCUGAGAUAGCGAAGACGCUAGGAGGAGUGUGGUUGACAGUGUGGAUUCAAGGCGCAGCAGCCAUGUCGAAUAUGGGGAUGUUUGUGACUGAGAUGAGCAGCGACUCUUUUCAGCUUCUUGGCAUGGCUGAAAGAGGGAUGCUCCCGGAGUUCUUUGCUAGGAGAUCUCGUCAUGGAACACCACUCGUUGGUAUACUGUUCUCAGCUUCUGGGGUGCUUCUACUCUCGUGGUUGAGCUUCCAAGAGAUAGUAGCUGCUGAGAAUUUCUUGUACUGUUUUGGGAUGUUGCUGGAGUUUGUGGCGUUCGUGCGUCUCAGGAUUAUAGCCCCGGAUGCCCCUCGUCCUUACAAGAUCCCAGGUGGGACUGCCGGGGCCAUCCUGAUGUGCAUUCCUCCAACCUUGCUAAUCUGUGUGGUCUUGGCUCUCUCUUCCCUCAAAGUGAUGAUUGUUAGCCUCGUAGCCAUUAUGCUCGGCCUUACACUUUACCCUUGCUUGAAGCACUGCGAAAACAAGAGGUGGCUUCGAUUUUCUGUAAGUUCGGAUCUUCCAGAUAUUCACGCUGCAGCUCACGAGGAUGAGACUUUGAUAUAAGCUUCAUUCCGGCUUUUUAUCCAAUAGACCACUUGAGUUGCCCGGGGUGUAAAUAGAGCUUGUGUCUUCCUUUGUAGCUUCUUCUCCGUUUGCUUCCUGCCCCAUUCAGCUCAACUCAGCUCUAUACAACGGUAUCUGGAUGAGACGUAGAAGGUGACUUUCUUUGCGUAGCUAUGUCGGUUUUCUAGUGCAGAUCCUUAACUUUAGAAGGGGAAGGUGUGGGAUUAAUGAUGGAAGGAUAUGUUCUAAUCUUUGGUUGUUAGGAUUCUUGGUGAAUUACACCAUUCACCAAGAGAAUGAUGUUUGUUACGACGAACUAUGGUUGCAGACAGCUGCAGAUCUCACUGUUGUGUGUGUAAAGGAUUGUUGUAUGAAUGAGUUUCAGCCCCAUCUCUUCUCUCCA